AUGAUAAAAAAUGAGAAGCAAAUCAAGCUUCUUAUAGAAAGCUUAUUGCAGGAUAAAAUUGAAAGCAAGAGACAAGUGACAUUCAUCCUCUCCAACUUCUUCUGGGAGCAGCAUUCAGAGGAAAAUAACAAGGGCGGCUUUGGCUUCUUUUCGACGAAGGAUGAAUUCAAGGGAUCGCCAUUUGAAAUGCUCAUGGAAUCGCUUCUCGCGUAUAUUUAUUUGAGAGAUAAGACCGCUGAAAUCACACUUGGAGGAAUCUCGUCGAAGAAAAGUGAAAACGGAGACGCCGAAUUCGCCGACUUCUUCAACUGGGAAACACCAAAAGACACCACGAAAAACCGUCGAUCAUCCAUUCUCAAGGCUUCUUCGAACCAAACGACUCCAAGACGAGAUGAAGACUCAGAUUCGCCUGUUGGAGUAGUUUCACCUGAGCAAGAACUUAUUCCACCGAAGAAAUCUACGUCUGGAUUCAGCUUGGCUUCGAGCUUCUUCAAGUCAAAAAGCUCGCUUGGAACGCAAAAUCAGCAAUAUGAUAAGCUUGAACUUUCAGUUUAUCCGCCUGGCAUUCCUGCUAUUUUGUCGCAGAAUCUUUUCACUGUCCAUCAAAAGUAUAAAAAUCCCAGCGUGAGGAAACUUUUGCUGAAGAAGUUGAAUUCUGUCUGCAGAGAGCAUAUCUACGACAAGGAUUCAGACUGGAUAUUUAUUGAUAUUCUCGUAACUAAGGGACGCACUCAUUAUGCGAACAUAAAGCUUCAAAUCUUCCCGAGUAUGAUGAAGUUGGAGCAGUUUUUGCAACUCGUUGAUCCUGAAUUUAUGCCGAAAAAGCUCAACGCGACAUUCGAUGAGGCUUUGGCAAAUUUGAUCUUUUUCAACGAUUCCGAUACGAUCGCCCUGUAUCUAUUCCAGGAUGACUACCCGACAGAACAAGAAAUAACAAUCGUAUCUCGGAUACAGCAAAAACUUCAUGGGCUGCAAUGCUAUCCGUUUGACAAGUCCAAUGCAGUUAAUCCUGAUAAUGUUAUCAGAAGAUGGAGGGAAACUGUUAAUUACCUUCUUCACCAGGACCGCAUCAGCCCAACGGCCCACACGAACUUGGCCCUUGAAGUUGAAAAAGAAGCUCAGAAACAAAAAUCGCUAUCAAAGACAAUCGAAGGCCAGGAGCAAACGAUUGAGGAGCUCAAUGCAAACAUUGACAAACUCAGCGAGGAGAAAGAGCAGCUUGAAAAAACAAUCACCGAGAAAGAUGAGCAAAUUGAAAAAUACGCCGCCCAACUCAAGUUUUAUGAGGAUAAACUAGGGUUCACCAGACAAGAUCGUACAGUUAGAGAUGAAAAGCGGCUCUGGCUGCAAGCUCAGCAUGCGGAAAAUUUGGACGUCAAGUACCUCGAGCAGCGGAUCAUAGCAUUUACGAACACCGAAAUACGUUUACGGACUGAGCUCGAUAAUUACCAAAAGAGAGAAGUAGUAUUCAAAAAUGCGAUCGAAGAUCUCGAAGCAGAUAUGGCAAAAACGGCUGCAGAAAAUCGAUCACUCAAACUAGAGCUGCGAAAGAUAAUCCACAAUAGAGCCGCCGAGCAGUUGGCUAUCACGGAUACAAAGAAAAUUGACAAAAAGACGGCCAAGGCCAUUGAGAAAGCCGAGGAAGUUCUCAUCAGAUUGACAGAAGAACGGCUAGAGACGACUUUGUCGUUUGAGACUGACGAAGAGAAACAGAAGAGACUUGAUAAAGAAAGAGAACAAGAAGAAGAGUCAGAAGAGUACUUGAACAAACUAUCUGUAUUUGCCGCGGAUAAAUUCAAAACACUGACGAAAAAGUUUCAUGAUCAAGUCAAAACUCUUGAAAAUGCACUUGAAGUUGCAGAGAACAGCCGAACGGAAGGGGUCAAGAAAGCGUCCUUUUUGCAGUUGAAAAUUGAGCAGCUGGAAGCGCUGAGUAAAGAGAAGGAUUUGAGACUGGAUGAAGCUCAGGAAGAUUUGAAUGAGUUAGAGGAAGUUAAUAUGAAAGAUCGAAAUAAGUACAAAAACACUCUAGAAACGUAUAUUCGUGACAUUUCAAAAUCCGUUGUUGCCGGAAAAGCGAACUCGAGAGAACUUUUGGUUGAAAUCAUGGACCGUAUGCGGCGAGAUUAUGAAAAGACGAAAUUGGACGAGCUCAAUCAGACGAAGAUGAUGAACAAAAAGCUUUCUCUCGCUAUUGAAAAAUUCAAAAAUCUCGCCUACAAGGUGAUUGCAGUCAAUUUGCAUGUAGAAAAGACGUUGCUUGAUUUGAAAUGGGAGAAGGAGACUGAUUUGAGAGCUGAUUUCCCGAGACUCGCCGAUUUGGUAACGCUGCGAAAAGAGAUAAAAGAAGAUGAGAUUUUGGAAAAAUUGGAUCAGUUUCAGGACUAUUUGAAUACAUAUCACGAGCGACUGUUAGCUGCAAAAAAAGAAACGGAGAAAAUAAGAGAAGAUAAUGCUCGGAGUGAGGAGGAGAUUUGUCGGUUGAAGUCCAAUUAUCUUCAUUUAGUUACAAAAACAGAAAAAGAAGUUCUCCAACUCAAAACAGAAAUGGUAGAGAAAGACACAACUAUUCAAGCUACUGGUUCAAAAAUAUCGAAAACUGCUUCGGGUUAA